CCAUUCCUCUGCUCCAGUCUCUCUCAGCGUUAUCGUGCAUGACAGCAGUUUGCAUUGCAGCAGACUACUGUGCAAAGCUCCGCGCAACAAGUUUGCAGGAGCAACAACACCCCCAACAACACGCCGUCUGACUGAGAGGCUGCUUUGGCCGGAGCGGAGUGGCGCGUCUUCUCUCUGUGGCUGCCACCACAAAGUCACUGAACGCAGACUGCAGGCACUCACACACACGCAUACACACACAUACAGACACACACACACACUGGGAGCACAGUGCCAUACAUUCGCGACGCCGCACCAGAUGCGCUUUGCUCUCAGCAGCGCAUUCAGCUCGUAGUUAAGUGGAGAUCUCGGAGCGUUAAAGCGCAAACAUGGAGCCAGAAGCGGCAGCCCUGAAGCGACAGCCCCGCCGCACCUCCGCGCUCAAUAUCCUCUCCUCUCUGUGCUCACUGGCGUCCUUCGCCUUCUGCAUUUACCUGGGCAUCGACACAGCUCACGUCAAGAGCCGAGUCGUGGAUUUGGAGAGUGGGACAGCAGGGGAGCACACCUUUCUCCGUGACCCCGGCUACUCCGUGGAAGAUUUACGUGUCCUGGUCCAACAGAGAGUGGACGAGCUGCUCUCUCAGCACUCUUAUGAGAAUUUUGUGAAGAUUCGGACCGCCAGACAAGCAUCACCUGAGUGCAGCUGCCCUCCAGGACCUCCGGGUAAGCGAGGAAGAAGAGGUCGCGAUGGAGAAACUGGACCUCCCGGUCCUCCAGGUCCAACGGGUGAAAAGGGGGAUCAAGGCGACCAGGGACCACGGAUGGUCUUCCCUAAGAUCAAUCAUGGCUUUCUUUCCGCUGACCAGCAGCUCAUAAAGCGACGGCUCAUUAAGGGUGAUCAAGGCCAAGCAGGACCACCGGGGCCACCGGGGCCACCGGGCCCUCCGGGGCCCAGGGGCCCUCCAGGGGACACUGGAAAGGAUGGACCCAGAGGUGUGCCCGGCCUACCAGGCGAUCCAGGUCAGCCAGGGGAAACAGGAGUCAUGGGACCUGAGGGGCCACAAGGGCCAAAGGGUGCUUUCGGGACUCCUGGCAAUCCAGGUGUUGAUGGACUGAAGGGGGAUGUUGGUAUCCCAGGACUGGACGGUGUCCCAGGGGCCAAGGGUGAAAUGGGAGAACGAGGUGAAAAGGGUGAUAUGGGUGAAGAGGGACCGAAAGGUGACAUGGGAGAGAAGGGAGAUGCAGGCUCUUCUGCUGCAGGCAUCAAGGGCGAACCCGGAGAACCUGGACGAAGUGGGCAUAAGGGAGAGCCAGGACUUCCAGGGCUGCCUGGACUCCCAGGGAUAAAGGGAGAGCCCGGAUUUCUCGGCCCUCAGGGGGAACCAGGGCUUCCAGGACUCCCAGGAACCAAGGGUGAGAGAGGCGACCAUGGACCACCAGGAAAGGGUGAACGGGGAGAAAUCGGACCUGCUGGACCAAAGGGUUCAGAAGGAGAGGCUGGUACGCCUGGAAAUAAAGGGUCAAAGGGCGAAACAGGAGAUGCAGGAGACCUGGGUCCAGUUGGCCCAAGAGGUCCUCCAGGGCAGAAGGGAAACCAGGGAGCCACAGAAAUCAUUGACUACAAUGGAAACAUUCAAGAAGCUUUACAGAAGAUUACCACUAUAACAGUCACGGGUCCUCCUGGGCCGCCUGGACCAUUAGGACCACAGGGAAUAAAGGGGGAUCGCGGUUUGCCUGGUCUCCCUGGACUUGAUGGAGAGAGAGGCUACAAAGGCUCGAAAGGAGAUAUGGGAAUGCCUGGGGCCUCGGGGGAGAAGGGAGGAACCGGUUUACCAGGCUUACCAGGCGUCAAUGGAAUGAAAGGAGAUAAAGGAGAUUCAGGACUUCCUGGUCCUCAAGGUCCAUCUAUCAUAGGCCACCCAGGGUCAGCGGGGCCCCAUGGCCCUCCAGGACCGAUGGGACCCCAUGGCUUCCCUGGACCAAAGGGGGAAUCUGGUUUGCAUGGUAUGAAGGGUACUAGAGGGGAACCAGGACACAAAGGCGACCGUGGACCUUUGGGUCUGCCUGGCAUGGACGGGCCUCCUGGUCCAUCUGGUCCAGCCGGGCCAAAGGGGGACAUAGGUGAGAGAGGAGCAGCAGGUGACCCAGGACCACGAGGACCGUAUGGACUACCUGGAGCUGCUGGCACACCAGGCUUGGAUGGGUUGCCAGGCUUAAAGGGAGAUAAAGGCGACCUUGGGGAAAGAGGAGAAAAGGGUUUCCGGGGAUUUAAGGGUGAAAAGGGGGAACCAGGUCAGCCAGGUCUGGACGGGCUGGAUGCCCCAUGCCAAUUGGGUCCAGAUGGAUUACCGAUGCCUGGCUGCUGGCAGAAGGGAGUCACCCCAUGGCUGGUAGCCUGAGUAUCCCCAGAUAGUAAAGCUGGUGGUCAUUUUUUGCUUUAUUGUGGUGACGCCUGCAGAGAGUACAGUCUCAGCAGGCGCUCACUGUUGCGUUCAAGACGGCUCGGCAUCGUCAGUCUGGAGCUUCAAGCAACCGCACGUCUCCAGACGAGAGCUUGGCAAGGCUCACUCCACUGAAAGGAAAACAAAUCCGAUUCACACAUGUUUGAGUCUGGACAGCCGAGCUCGGGAAUCCCUCUGAACGUUCAGGAAUGGAUUCUGCAGGAGAGUCGCAAAACAGUCUCAUUGGUCUCCAUGGAGAUCGGCUGGAGCCUCAGCCUCUUCUGGCAGCUUCAGGGUCGACUGAGAGCGCUGACGGAAUGCAAUCAUGUUUUAUCUUCUUCAUUCAUCGUUUUUCUUUUUUGCUCUCAUUCUCACACAUCAUUUGUAUUUCUUGUAUAAUAGCCUUUGGUGCCUCAAGCUUUUAUUCAUUCCUUUAUCUGAAAUGUACAAACAUAUUUCAUAUUUUUGAACCAUUUGAAUGACAUGUAUUUUAAAAAAAAAGACUGUUUGGUAAGUUGUGAGGAGGCUGAAAAGACAUUUCACACUGUUUUUCAAGUGAAUUGUUUUUCAUACGAGUGCUUUGAUUAUCCAUCUUGACUGAACAGCCACUGAUCUAACGAGUGGUUUCAAACAAAAAAAGAGGAGAGAAAUCUUGUUUUUUAAAAAAGAACAAAACAUCCAGCAUUGUUGUGAAAAUGCUACAUUUUCAUACAAACCUCUUCAUUGGGGAAGUUGUUUGUACCGUGUUGUUAGUUUGCUGCAUGAACACAGUUUUGAACAUUUCUUAAAUAGUGAAAAUCAAACAUUUAUUUGACGUAGUGCAACAACGGUAUUGAGCGUUGUUCCGUUUCUACAGAGUCAGAUUUGACUGAAACACACAGUUGCUGAUGCUUCACAUGUGUCAGAUUAAGGCAGAAUACCUUUUCCAUCAUGUCACACCACAUGUGUAUGGUCUUAAGUUUAAAAAAGCAUGAGUUAGACAAGACAAGCUAAUUUGGAUAGACACCGUUAACUGGUCAUCUUCCACUAACAAUGAGCUAUUUGGAGGCCGGUCAUGUCACAUUCCUUAUCAGAUGGAGCAAAAUUCAAUACAGCAUCAAAGUCAUUUUCUUUAAUCACAAUUAUUUUUCUUUUCAUGUUUCCGGUGUUCAAAUUG